AUGGGAAACUUUUGUCAGAAGCACUGUGCCUGUUUGGAGCCCUACAUCCCUUGCUUAUUCUCAGAGAGGGAUGGUGAGCAGGAUGAGAAAGGUGGCCAAGUGUUUGCCAAUGCUGCCGUGGUGCACGACUUCCAAGCAAGACAGAAAGACAGAGAAAAUAAGAUAAAAGAGAAACCUUUACCUGCACUGCCUGGCCAGCAUCUGGUGAAUAUUUGCAAGUUUGUGGCACUCUUCGACUACGAGGCUCGCACUGAGGAGGACUUGAGCUUCCGAGCCGGGGAUAAAAUUGAAGUGCUGGAUGCGUCCCAUGAGGGCUGGUGGUACGCUAGGCUCCUCCUGCCAACAGGGUCAGUCCGUCCUGGCUCUAAGCUCCAAGGCUACAUCCCUGCCAACUACAUAGCUGCUGACCAGAGCAUCGAAGCUGAGCCAUGGUUUUUUGGCCCAAUCAAACGAGCAGAUGCCGAGAGACAACUGUCAUACCGUGGAAACCAGACAGGAGCCUUCCUAAUCCGAGAAAGUGAAAGUCUAAAAGGAGAAUACUCACUUUCAG